AAAAUCUUUUUUUAAAAAUUUCAAACUAGAAUUCCAUAAUAGAGAGGAGGGAGGGAGAGAGUAGCAUAAGAGGGACUUUUGAAUAGUGACUGAUCCAACACUCUUUUCUCCUUCUCUAACUCUUGUCUGAACUCUGAAAGUGAAACCCCCAAAACCCUUCACAACUCUCACACCCAUGGCUACAGCUUCACCUCCACCACCAGCCAUGGUGGUCAAGACUCGUUUUUUAGGGUUCCUAAUAUGGCAAUCCAUUCCCUCUUCUCUAAUCUUUUUCUUCUUCACAAUCUUCCUAUACCAACUCUCUUCUUCCGCUUCUACUUCUAAACCCACCAGGGUUUCCUUCUUUUUCACUCCCAUUCUUUCAUUUUUCACCUUCAAUCUAGCCCACCUUCUUUUCUCCACUUCCCUCUCACUCCUCUCCACUCCACAAUCCCACCGCCCAGCCUAUCCUAUUCAGCUUGUGUUCGGCCUUUUCCGGCUUCUUCUGGUUCCCGGUGGCUCCGAUGAGCCUCAAACUUCUGACUUUCGGCUCCGGGCAAAGGUUUCGAUCGGUUUCGUCCUGUUUUCUUUGGCGGCGGCGGUUUCCGGGCUCGUGGCUGUUGCGUCGGUUUGCUGGGUGAGCGCAUUGGCUGGGUUUGAUGAUGGGGUUGGGUUGAUUGGAAGAGUUGGGCUUAGGGGUUUCGUGAUGGGUUUUCUCUAUGGACUGCAUUAUGUUUAUAAUCGUCGGUGGGUCUUGGAGUUCCCCAUUAUUCAGCGCCGACCUAUCUUUAGCUUCAAGAUGGGGCUCCCUUCGGCUACUACUCGAGCUUUGAGGCUUUCGAGUGUUGCUUACCUAUUCUCGACAGGCGUCGUAGCAUUUCUGCCAGAUCAAUUAACAGGCCAGGUUACGGUGGGAAAGUUCAGUUGUGAGCAAAUCAUAUUCUUCCUGGGAAGUUUUGCAGUGUUUCUCAGCUGGGAAUUAAGUCAUCACUUACAUCGGGUGUUGCAUACAAAGAGGUUUGUAUUUGCACCACCAAAGGGAUCUGCAGCAGCCGAAACAAAUCCGAGUGAGCCUCUCCUUGCAGCACUAGAAGAGAGCAGCCCGAGGUCUCUUCUUCAGUAUCUUGCAUACCUUGAUCUCUGCAUGGUUUGUGAGAAUAAUGUUGAUGUAUGGCGGAGGGCUGCCUUUUUCGAGGAAAGUGGUGAAACUUACAAAAGAGUGAUAGCUGUAGGCUUGAGGCCUCUGGAACAGCUUGCCUCUAAACUGUCUGAAGCUUUGGAAAGUAUUGAAAAUAAUUCCCAAAUAUCCAAUCAAUUACUGUCUCCAAAUGAUGCUCGACCAGAUCCAAAUUGCUCUGAAUUGCUUAACAACUUCCAGCUAUAUUUAUGGUGUGCCAGAAUGGUUGCAUUGCUAACUGCACGCUCUCACCAAGAGGACAGAUAUGGCGUUGCUCAGCUCUCCGGUAGCAAUGCAGCUGUGGUCUCGACCUUGCUCUCUUGUCUUCUUGCCAUUGAAUCAUUCAUGGGGAGGAACAUCAAUGUACAAUCCCCUAAUAACUUGAUGGGACCAGCUGGUAUAAAGUGGGCAACAUCAAGCAUGAGAAGACCAGAGAUUGGUAACCGUAAAAAGAGAGGCGGCUUUCCACAUUCAAAGGCAUAUGUCAUUGCCGACGCUAUGAGGACAUCAAUCUACCACAUUGUGUCAGCUUUCCACGACGAAAUGGUGGCUAGUGCAAAAUCAGGUCUUCUAGAGAAAGAUUGGAUCAUUACCAACAAGCCUCCAUUUGGCAGCCGUGAUCUACUUCCGCAGAAGCUGCGCCUCUUCCUUGAUUUCCGAGCUACCUAACUGUGAAUUCCCUGGGGUAUAACUUAAAACACACCAUGUUCUUCUUUUCCCUUGCUCCUUAACUUAUAGGCCUAUAUAUGAAGAUAUAAAAAAGAGAAAGGAAGGGGUCUUGUUUCUUACCCCUGAAAGGAGUCAAAGGUUGUAACAUGAAUGAGAGACUAUUUCAAUUUUGCUUCUAAAUGGAAAUGUCAAAGGUCUAAAUUUGACCCUCUGAUUGUGUGAUUAAUUGGAAUUGCAACACUACACUAGUUUAUUUAUGAAAGUCAAAAUGAGUUUUUUCAUUUGUCCA